AUGGUUCAACAUGAAGUUUUCGCACAGGAGAUAAUGUGUUUACAAUCACGGAAGUCAUUGCCAAGAAAUAGCAGUCUCAUCGCAUUAAAUCCAAUAAUCGAUGAAAAAGGUUUACUACGGGUAGGAGGUCGUUUGAAAAGAGGAUACCUGAGUAUCAAUGAGAGGCACCCACUAAUCAUCCCAAAGAAUCAUCAUGUGGCUAUACUGCUUGUACGACAUUUCCAUGAAGCAGUAAAACACCAAGGUAGACAUUUCACGGCCGGAGCCCUGCAAUCUGCAGGGUAUUGGAUCAUUGGAGGAAAGCGCUUGAUAUCAUCUCUGCUACACAAAUGCAUAAAGUGUCGGCGUCUACGCGGCAAAUACCAAUGUCAACUGAUGUCCGACUUACCUGCAGACCGACUACAGCCAAGUCCUCCUUUCACCUUCAUCGGGCUAGAUACCUUAGGACCAUGGAGCAUUGUGACUCGUAAAACAAGAGGAGGAGCCUCCAACAGCAAGCGUUGGGCCGUUCUCUUUACUUGCCUUUACACUAGAGCUAUCCACAUAGAGGUGAUCGAGGAAUUAUCAUCAUCCUCUUUCAUCAACUGUUUGCGAAGAUUCAUCUCUCUCAGGGGCAAUGUGAAGGAAAUCCGCUCUGACCGGGGAUCCAAUUUUGUGGGAGCAACUGAAGACCUUGAUGUCAACGUCAUUAACGUGGAAGACAAUCCUGUUCGAGAAUUUCUGUACGACCAGAAGGUGACGUGGAUUUUCAACCCCCCACAUUCCUCCCACAUGGGUGGAGUGUGGGAGCGGAUGAUUGGCAUUGCGAGGAGAAUACUCGACUCUAUGCUUAUGGACUUACAUUCAAGACAUCUCACUCAUGAGGUAUUGACUACUCUAAUGGCUGAAGUAUGUGCCAUCGUGAAUUCUAGGCCAAUUGCACCUGUGUGUUCUGACCCUGAAUCUCCAGUGAUCCUCAGCCCAAACAUGUUACUUACACAAAAGUCGGGAGAAAUUUCAACAAACUUUGUACAGCAAGAUAUCAAAGAUUUGUACAAAGCACAAUGGCGGUGCGUUCAGCACUUGGCAAAUAUUUUCUGGGACCGUUGGAAGAAGGAAUAUUUACAAGCGCUCCAAUCGAGGACCAAAUGGCAGUCUGUGGUUCCAGAUCUAUGUGUUGGAGACAUUGUACUUCUUAAAGACCAGACAACUGCACGGAUCGAGUGGCCGAUUGGAAUCAUUACCAAUGCUAUAAAGAGUGUCGAUGGCCGGGUCUGCAAAGUCCAAGUCAAGGUAUCAAGAGAUGGGAAACCAAUUGUAUACACGAGACCCAUAUCAGACAUUAUUCUCUUAAUACAUGACGAGUGA